GUGUUUUCUUCCUUCUAUCCUCACAUCUCCUAUCUGUUUUUCCUUUGUUUUAUAUUUUUUGGAUCAUUUCUUUUUUUUUAAUAUUUCUUUGGAAUGGAGAGAAAACCGUCCACGGUGCGUCGACGGAGUAGAGAAGCGUCCUUGUCAAACACCAUCCGUGAACGUGCACCGUCCAAAUCGAACAAUAAUUAUGACCAGCAUGAUGAUACCAGCUCUCAAAAGUCUUCUGCUACCCAACACUUGACCGAAAAGGAGCCAAAACAAAAGAAAAAGUCAUUCAGCGAACGCUUUAAAGCGUCUUUACCUACCUUUACCCAAUGCUGCAAGACGCUCAAAGCAACGAUCGCCUUGUUCAUAGCCGUCGUCAUGGCAUUGGAUUAUCACACACGAGCAGUUAUUGGACCAGCUGUUCUAUUGACGGCGAUUGUGACGAUUUUUUAUUUUCCUGUGCGUCCCAUCGGUAUGGAAAUCGAGGCCGUGCUUUUUGGUACUUUUGGUGCGCUUGUGGGAGCUGCAUGGUGUUUCUUAGGUUCGUUUUUGGCGAAUCUUGCGCGUGAUCCUGCCGAUCCAAGUCCUAUUCAAGCACCGAGCAGCGUCAUCCUAGCCGUAUUUCUGUUUUUGGGAAUCUUUGCUGUCAAUUACGUUCGCAUGCGCAUGCCUAAAGCCAACUUUGCUUGCGUUCACGCGUGUAUCUUGAUGAUUUUCAGCUUUACACAAGCAUCGGUAGAAUCUGGGUUCAACCCAGAGGCGGUGUGGGCAUUUCUGCGGCCAAUAGCGUUAGCAGGUGCAUUAGCGUUAUCAGUCAACAUCUUUCUGUGGCCCGAUGACAGUGUGUCCAAUUACAUGGCGGUUCUACGACGUACACUUUUAGGAUACGAUACCUUUUUCAAGGAACAUUCGGACGCAUUUCUGUCCCUCGAACCCACUUCCAUCACGCUUUCAUUGCCUUCACUUCAUGCCUGCCUACAGGGUAGUGUGCUCGUUCUCAUCGACUGCAAACGUGCUGUGCAACGAGACGUUUUAUACUCCUACAUGUCCAGUAAAGAUAUCAGCGACUUGACCAAGCUUGUGAAACACAUGCGAAACCCGUUACACGGCAUUGGAUUGAGCGUUAUUCAAAAAAAGGCUUAUCUGGAUAUUAAAGAACCAUCACCAUACUUGAUGCAAGGCAAAGAAGAAGAUCAAGAUGCGUUCUUGGAGGUCUUGGGUGAUAUUAAGCCGGUUUGCCAAGAACUAUCGGAUGCUGCUCAAGCUGCCCUGACGGAGUGUAUUGAUCGACUGGACAAGUAUUCGCGGAGUCCACGAAGUAACCUCAACAGUCUUCUUUGGCCAUUUCCACGCAUCUUUUUCCCGAGAAAGGAGAAGAAUGAAGAUAAAGAAAGGGAGAAAGGGACGACCACGAACGCCUUGAAGAGAUUGCGAGCUGCUUUGGAUCGAUUCAACGCUUUACCAUCGAGUGCAUUCAAACGAUUUUGCGGAGUGGAACAUGAUGAAAAUAUACCCAGCUAUGGACCUCUGUAUCUGUUGUUUCUUUACCAGUUCAAUUUAAAGGAGCACGCACUGCAAGUAAAGUCAUUGCUUAAAUUCAUGGAACAGACAGACCAAAAACGACAACAUCGACGUAUCUGGUUUCCACGGAUGAGUGUAAAAAAGUGGUUCCGUUCAAAUGAUGUGGAUCCGAAUCUGGGCGGUGACAACGACGAUUACGGACAGCAAGGCAUGGGAGGAACCGAUCUGACGCUUGUACGCACAUUAACCCGCAACAAUACCGACCUCGAAGAUCAUCGGCAUUCCAUGCAUCCCAUUGUCGGCGGAAAAUAUUAUAAGCGAGAUCCGGACGUGGAUCCACCGGUGACGCCCGUGGAACGGUUCUUUUAUGGCUUGCAUCUUGUGUGUGCAUGGUUUAUGGAAACCAAUACUUUCUUUGCAUUCAAAACAGCGGUGGCCGUUGUCUUGUUUGCCAUUCCUGCCUUUUACGCCCCGAGUGCUUCAUGGUUCUUCAACUGGAGAGGUCAAUGGGCCAUGAUUACCAUGGUUCUGUGGAUGUUUCCCAUGACAGGCAUGUUUUUCUUUGCUAUCAUGAUGCGUGUGGCUGGUACCAUUCUCGGUGGUGUGUUGGGAAUCGUUGUCUGGGAAAUUUCUCGUGGCAAUCCCUACGGUUUGGCCGUGGUGUUAUUUAUUUUCAUACUCCCCUUGUACUAUGCUUUCUUCUUUAUCGCACCCUUGAGGGUGUUGGCACUGAUGGCCAAAGUCACAAUGCUACUGGUGUGCAUUUAUGAAUACAAUUACGUAGUGGACCAACUGCCAAAUCAUGAUGAGGUGUAUACCGUUGCUGGCAAGCGUAUGCUGCUUGUCAUUAUUGGUGUGGCUGCAUCUGCCAUUCUAUCCAUGAUUCCUUUCCCUGUGAUUGGGCGUGUAGAGCUACGAAAGCGAUUGGCCCGUACGCUGCGUGAUAUUGGGCAACUGUAUACGGUAUUGGUAGCCCACAUGGUACGAAAACAGCCUGCCACGGAAGAUGAAAGAAGAGCUUUCCGGAAGUUGGCACUGGAUAUUCGACGACAAAUUUCGGAUGAGCGCAAUUUUUUACAGCAUGCAUCAUUUGAACCUCCGUUGAGAGGCAGGUUUCCAGCUGCCAGUUAUGCCGUACUUGUAGAGAAAGUGGACAACAUGGCCGAUCUGGUCCAUAACAUGGGUUUUGCUGCAAGGACAAUCGAUCCGAGCUGGCAACGAAAGAUUGCUUCUGUAUUGACGCGAGAACGAAAAGAUUAUCUGGCUUCCAUUGUGACUACCAUCAAGCUGGUCUCUUCAACAAUGACAGCGAAAGCGUCUCUGCCACCCUACAUGAUCUCACCGCAAGAAGCUCGACAACGGUACAUUAAAGUACUGGAAGAAAGAAUCGAGAUUGGAGCUGAUGAAAUUGGCAAUCCAACCUUCCCUAGUUACAGUACCUUUAUUGUAAAUAGCUCUACUUUUGUCAGCGAGCUACAGAUAGUGCUGGACACUGUAGAAGGUUUAGUAGGGGUGGAGGAUCCAACACGGUGGCUCCUCAUGAACGUUUAAUACUUUAUAAACUAUAGAAUCAUACAAAAG